CGGCCUGGCCUAUUAACGCAUCUUAUACUCGAGCUUUUAUUAGAGAAAUCUCUUCAUUAGAGGCAUCGUCACUUUUUUCAUUCCCCCCCUGCAAACCCUAGUCAUCCUCCCUGUAAUGGCUCCAAAGAAGGGUGUAAAGCUCCCAGUUGCUCCAAAGAAGAAGCAGGAGAAGGUUGUGAACCCCUUGUUCGAGAAGCGUCCCAAGCAAUUUGGCAUCGGUGGAGCAUUGCCACCCAAGAAGGAUCUGACUAGGUUCGUGAGAUGGCCUCAGGUUGUCUGUAUCCAGAGGAAGAGACGCAUUCUCAAGCAGCGUUUGAAGGUCCCACCUGCCCUCAACCAGUUCUCUAAGACCCUGGAUAAGAACCUUGCUACAAAUCUUUUCAAGAUGCUCCUGAAAUACAGACCUGAAGACAAGGCUGCAAAGAAGGAGAGACUUUUGAGAAGAGCCCAGGCUGAGAGUGAAGGGAAAACUCCAGAAACAAAAAAACCUAUUGUUGUCAAGUUUGGGCUUAAGCAUGUCACUUAUCUCAUUGAGCAGAACAAGGCACAACUAGUCGUCAUUGCACAUGAUGUAGACCCCAUUGAAUUAGUGGUCUGGCUUCCAGCUUUGUGUAGGAAGAUGGAAAUUCCUUACUGCAUUGUGAAGGGAAAAGCAAGAUUAGGCGCUAUUGUCCACCAAAAGACGGCAUCCGUUUUAUGCCUUACCACAGUGAAGAAUGAAGACAAGUUGGAGUUCUCCAAAAUCUUGGAGGCUAUCAAGGCUAACUUCAAUGACAAAUAUGAGGAAAAUCGCAAAAAGUGGGGUGGUGGUGUCAUGGGUUCGAAAUCUCAGGCAAAGACCAAGGCCAAGGAAAGGGUUCUUGCAAAGGAGACAGCUCAGAGAAUGUCUUAAUUUUGUACGAGGAUUUUUUAAUAUUUAUUGCAGUUUUCUGUUGCAAGGUUUGGACAAAUGUUAAACAGUCUUUCAAUUUUGAUACGUCUGAUUGGCCUUUGAGGUUUGAGUUUUGGUUUUAGUACUAUCACAAAUCACUUGCAAUUUUUCUUUUUUUUUUGCAAUUUAGCCUCCUAUACUCCUAUUUGCAUACUUCACAAAUCACUUCUUGACAUUGCCAAUCUGGUUUCAAAAUUGUUCCGUGAAACUUCAAUCUGUGGAAGGUUG